AUGAAUUUGAGGGCAAAAAUAAAGAAGAAAACAUCCCGUCAUACACCUCCGUCCUUAUUGAGGCCUUGGAAACUUAUAGGAAAGUCAGUUCCAGUAGGCGUGGAUAAUUUAUCAUGGAGUAUUUUGAAGCCUAGAAAAGAUGCUGCUCCAUCUGAUAAGGAGGCUGAUACGGAGCUUCAGAGCAAGCUCAAUGUCGCACUCUCUGUGAUUCAUGAGUGUUUCGAGCCCAUUAAAGAACCAGGUACAAAGACAGAUCUUGUCCAAGAUGUUCUUUUCAACAACACGUCAAGGCUUAACCGACUGAACUUUUGGGGAUUUUACACUGUGAUCUUAGAGGAGGAGGAUGAGCUCAUCUCUGUUGCAACAGUUAGGAUACAUAACGAAAAGGUUGCAGAAGUACCACUUGUUGGUACGCGUCUCCAUUAUCGUUAUCAAGGGAUGUGCAGUAUUCUGUUUGGUGUUCUAGAGCAGAAGCUCAGGGAAUUAGAAGUUGAGAGGCUGCUUUUACCAAAGGAAGUUGAGAGACUACUUCCUUUGGUUUCUCUAAGAUGA